UUAGUAAGUCACCAAAUUAAACAAACAUCACAUAACUAUCACACAGUCUUUUUUGGUGCUGUUUUGGAGCUUGAACUGUUGAACCUGCGAACUGUUGUUUUUGUUGCGUUGUAUUGCAACACAUAAUAUUCUAAUGCAUUAUGGUUUGGCUUUCUUGUUGUAAUGGUGACAACUGAAGUAUUCUUAUUAGUAUUCUGCACAACUGCAACACUUCUCGCAUUGGUUAACAACACCGAGCUAAAGAGCAGGAUCCUAUUUCUAUUUCUAAAGAGCAGGUUUCUAUUCUCCUGGGUGAUUUCUACAGUUCAGUUUUUGUUUUCAAAAAUUGACAAAAGAAACCUGUUUCUUUAAAAAUGCAUGUUUCAAUUGUGCAAAGCAGAAAACAAACUGGACCAGAGAGAAGUUGAAGCCCCAUAGCAAAUACAGCUACUUGCUUUAAAGCGCCACUUUUUGAAGGCAAAAGGGAAGUUGAAGCGCGAUGCAUUAUGGGAUGUGGACUCUAAUGCAUUACACUCUUAAAUCGUAUUGCACUGAAGUGGAGAUUGUGCAUUAAACCGUACGGAGUGAAUAUUUAAACCUUUUGGUUAAAAAGUUAUUUUUGCAACCCUGCAAUUCUACGCUGUUACGAAAUGAAGGAGCAUCUCAUGUGACCUGGUGUGAGCUGCCAUCAUCGAAAUGCAUGAAUUUGUUUUGGGCAUUUGCACAAUUUAGGAAUAAGUGUUUCGGAUCGCCGUACUUUGCAGCUUUUAAAGGAACUUGUCGUCGGAUGUGUAAAAUGCUGAAUGCUGCAGCAGCCGACAGAAAUAAAGACCCGAUCCUCGCUGUAUUAAAAAGCAGAGUGACAUCCGACAGGCCUCUGGUCGCUCUGGAAAUAUCUUCUGGAACAGGACAGCAUGUUAUUCACUUUGCCAAAGCAUUUCCCAACAUUACAUGGCAACCGUCUGAAAUUGAAGCACAGUCGAUAUCGAGUAUCGAGGCAUAUAGAGAGUAUCAUAAGCUGCAGAAUGUAAAGCCCCCCAUCUAUCUUGAUGUGUCUCAGAGUUGGGAGACCUGGGCUGGAAUUCAACCCGAGUCAUGUGAGCUCAUUGUGAACAUCAACAUGAUGCACAUCUCACCUCUGGCCUGCACAAGGGGUCUGUUUAAUGGUGUUGGAAAAAUACUGAAGCCACAAGGAUUGCUUCUGACUUAUGGGCCUUAUGCUUUCAAUGGAUCAAUUACUCCUCAGAGUAAUGUUGACUUUGACCACAGCUUGAGAUACAGAAAUCCAGAGUGGGGUCUAAGAGAUGUGUCAUUACUGAAAACACUAGGCCAGGAAAAUGGACUGCGAUUGGAAGAAAUCGUUGAUAUGCCUGCCAACAACAAGUGCUUACUGUUUCACAAGGACAGUGUGGUUUAAUAGAAUAACACUGUAUUUACAUUUGAGUGGACUGCAGUGUUUUAACGGUUUAAAGAUACUGAAUAAUACAAAGGCUUUGCUGAAAUUGAUCAUCACUCUCUUUCUGGAAAAGAUGUUAAUGCUGUCAAACGAUUAAUAUAAGCAUCCAAAAUAAAAGUUUUUGUUUGCAUAAUAUGUGCGUGUUCUGUGUAUAUUUAUUAUGUGUAUAUAUAUAUAUAUAUAUAUAUAUAUAUAUAUAUA